CACAAUGGGCGGCAGUCAAGAAGAAUUUCCACUCUUGAACAGCCUUGGCUUGUAUGCUGCCAACAUUCUCGGUGAUGGAAAUUGCCUUUUCCACGCACUUAGUGAUCAGCUGUACGGACACCAGAAAGAGCACCACAUCAUCCGUUCCAGAGUCAUCGGUUACAUGCGAGAACAUGCCGACUACUACAAGCAAUUCAUAGACGCUCAGCCUGGUGGUGGCACACGGAGGAAUCCAAAGAGGAAGAACGUCGGCUCCUUCUCAGCCGUCGCCGCUGCUCCAUCGGCCGCAGACAUAGACCACACCUUCCAGAACCACCUCGAGAGAAUGGCAAAAGGCGGCACAUACGGUGACAAUAUGGAGAUCUCGGCCUUCAGCUCGGCAUAUAGUGUCGAUGUCAAGAUCUACCAGCGAGACUUUGCCUACAUGAUCUCGGGCUCUGGUGAUCAAGGAGAGCGUGACGUAGCUCAUAUUGCAUACCAUGUUGGUACUCGUACCCUUGCUGACCUUUGUAGGNCCUGGGAACACUACUCUUCUAUCCGUAACCUUGACGGCCCUCAUUCGGGUCCGCCAAAGGUCACCGUCAAGGCUCUCUCGCCCGAUGAGGAGCAGAAACAGAAAGAGAAGCUAGCACAAACCCCUCACGUGCUCCCUUGGAUGGUCGAUGUCGUUUCGUCCUCUCUUCCCUUCCUUGCCGACAAGCCUACCAUCAAACGUACACUUGAAGAAUGCAAAGGCAACAUUGAUGCUGCCGUCGACAAGCUUAUGGGUGCCGAAGAAAAUGGCAGCCUUUCAUCCGCACAAGAGAGCUCUAGCGUUGAGCGUGAACCUGACAGCGAUGAGGAAUACCCAGGCAAAGACGGGCCCAACAAAAAGCGAGAUCGUAGGCCGUCAUCACGACAACAAUCUGGCGAAGUCAACUCGGACGACAUGCGGGCCAAGUUUGAGACACAUAACGACUCUUCUGAGUCUGUCAAAUCAGAAGCCUCAGAGUCUCUGAGCUCACAACCCGAUAACAAGGUCGAUGUCGUCCCUGACACGCGUCCAAGGCCUACCAUCAGACUGAAGUUCAACUCACAANAGGCAUCCUCGCCGGCCCCUGUUCCAACCAAAGGGCCUCAGCGACAAACGGCUCGGGAUAAGAAAGACAUCAAGAAGCAGGCACAAAAAGCCGCUCGCAAGGAACGGGAGCAGGCGACCGCUGGUAGCGAUCGACCCGAAAGCCCAAACACAUCAGGCAUGAAGCUUCGCAGCAAAGGUGUGGUGAACACUCCACCCAUCGAGUCUGGUUUUCGCACCCUUUUCAUC